AUGGUAUACGGAACAAACACGAGUGGAUUCGGCUGGGAUACGGAUAAAUGUUGUGUUACCGUUGAUGUUGAAGUUUGGGAUGAGUACAUAAAGAGUCAUAAAGGUGCUGCAUGUUUUCGUGAUAAACCAUUUCCACAAUUCGAUAACCUAUGUAGAAUCUUCGGUAAAGAUAGAGCUACUGGUCAUGGAGCUACUGAUCUUGGAGAAGAUGUGACUGAAGAGACACAAAGAAACUCACAUGUUGGUGUGGAGGGGUUGGAAGAUAUUGUGGAAGAGACGCAACAAAUUGCUCGUGGCAAUCGUAAACGCAAAAGGCCUCCAACAGAUGAUAUUGAAAGCUCUUAUAAGGAAGUUGCGAAAGAAAUGAAAGAGACUUUCAAGGAGGUUGGUGAAAAACUUAAUGAAACAAUAUACAAUAUAGGAAGGCAAGAAAAUAAGGAAGCACGUGAUAUGAUAGAUAAAGUUAUCGAAGAUAUACAACACAUGCCAAAUAUCAAUGUGAAGCAGCGAAUUAAGGCGAUUGACAUGUUUUGCAAAGAUCAAUUUCGUGCCCGGACGUUUUUUUAA